AUGCAAAUCAACAUCAUAACUCUGGUGGCUCUAGCUGCUACGGCAGCAGGUAAGAGCUUUUUUUGGACGUCGCAGCAUAUCCUCAUACUAAUCCGAACAGGUCUUACCGUCACGUCGCCACGCAUGGGCGAGAAGAUUGACCCGGAUCAGCCAUUGACCAUUAAAUGGCAGUCUGUGGAGACCGAUCCCGAGACCUUCGAUAUCCAGUUGGUCAACCAGAAUGUCUAUCCCCCCACUACUGAGGUCGUGGCCUCCGAGGUCGAUUCUUCUGCGGGCUCCUACACAGUGAAGUCCAAGACCUUCAACGGUGUUGACACAGGAAAGGGAUAUCAAAUCAACUUUCUCUCCCCCGCCAACGGCAUUUUGGCUCAGUCACAGCAGUUCCGAGUGACUGAGCCUGGUGCGCUGUCUAGCUUGAGCUCUGGUAAGGAAACCAGUACUGCCAGUGAAACUUCGUCCGUUGCGUCGUCCACGUUGCUUUCUACGGCGUCGACAAGUGAAGUCACUUCUUCAAGUGUCUCCUCUUCUCCGUCGUCGACUGCUACUUACUCCUCCACCAGUGCGUCUACCCCUACCUUGUCCUCUUCGUCUGCUGCUUCCUCUUCUGUUUCUACACCUACAUCGUCUUCUUUGAUGACUAGCUCUUCUCAAAGUGCGUCUACGUCUUUCAUUGUGACUUCUUCGUCCUCUUCCCUUUCUACCUAUACGCCCACCCCUACAAGCUCGGGAACUUCAUCAGCGACAGAUUCUUCUACAUCCAAGCUUACCACUUCCACCUAUUCCUCAGUCUCUUCAACUUUAACACCCUCAACCUCUUUGAUCACGUCAACAUCUGCCAGUUCCUCUGUCUCCACAACCCCGGCUACAUCUUCUACCCCGACUACUUCCAGUUCUAUCACCACUUCAACUCCCCAGACUACUUCUUCAUCUACCUCAUUCACUACAUCCACUUCUACUUCCAAAAGCACUUCUUCUACUACCUCUUCUUCCUCCACCCUUGUCACGACUGAGACAUCAACUACGACUUCCACUUCCUUGUCUACUUCCACCCAUUCAACCACGACUUCGACCACGACUCGCCGCACUACCUCCACUUCCACCUCGACUGCCACUGAGUCGGCAACUACAACUGCCAAUGCUGGAGCUGUGCUGAUGCCUCCGGCUGGCAGCCUUCUAUUGGGUCUGUUUGCAUUGGCCCUCUAG